UUCAGAAUGGACAGGGAAGCAUUUAUUCAUUUUGUUGGUGGUGCUGUUGGUGGUACUGCUGGAACAGCGAUUACUUGUCCACUAGAAGUAGUCAAAAUUCGCUUGCAAAGCUCGGAAUAUUCAGAUUUUACAAAAGGCCCUUCUACUUCAGAUGAAGUGCCGAGAAAGGUUGCGCUUCCUUCUCAUGCUAAUACUCACCAAAAUCGCCAUAAUUUUGACCGUAUAAAUAAUGCAGGUAAAUUUCGGAUUAUAACUAAUGAAGGCUUUGGAGCUUUUUAUAAAGGUCUUAUUCCCAAUCUGUUUGGUGUCGCACCCACGAAAGCUGUAUAUUUUUAUACGUAUUCAUCGUGCAAGCGCUUUUUGAACGACACAGAUUUGUUUGUACGUAACAGUGCUUUUAUUCAUAUGGUUUCUGCUGCAUCAGGCGGUUUUGUGGCAGCGAGUGUCAUAAAUCCUGUUUGGUUGGUAAAGACACGGUUGCAAUUAUAUAAAGGUUCCAUGAGUGUGGUCGAUUGUAUAAAGCGAGUUUUCAAAAAUGAAGGCAUCAGAGGAUUCUAUAAAGGUGUUACUGCAUCAUAUGUUGGCAUAUCAGAAACUGUCAUUCAAUUUGUACUCUAUGAAGAAUUGCGAAGUUCACUCCUUGAAGUUGAGAAACGGAAUAAAGUUGAUUUUAUCAAUUUUAUGCUUGCGGGUGGAAGUGCAAAAUUUUUCGCCUGUGUCGCAGCAUAUCCACAUGAAGUUGUUCGGACUCGUCUUCGGGAAGAAAAUAGUGCAAGAAGGGGAUUCUUCAAAACUUUCGGUCAUAUUUAUCGUACAGAAGGUAUUCGAGCAUUAUAUCGUGGAUUGGCCGUCCAGCUAUUGCGAACGGUACCAAAUACUGCGAUAACGAUGGGAACCUACGAACUCGUGAUUCAUUUGUUGCAUCCGAUUUUGGUUCAAUCUAAAUAA